UAGAAUUACUUACUCUACUUGCAAUUAAGUUGAAUUAUCCACUUGUAACCAUCUCUUGGAUCGUAAGUUCGUUAAUGGACUGUUGGAGCCGACGAGACCACUGUUUACGAUUUCUACCAUGGUCGCUGCGAGCUCCACCACAGUGGAACCACAGUGGAAAAGGCAAAAUUAUUAAUCAAAAAAUCACCGGACGAGUCGGACGUGUGCGCUGCUGGAUGCUGGCGCUCUUUUCGCGUACCGUUUUUUCGAGUAAACAACAACACAAAAAGAUUGUUAACACAAUUUUUCGUCUGUUCUAUUGUGCGGAAAUCGAGUGAGUGAGAGAGGGAAUAAACAAAAACCGCAAGCAAAAGCAACAAGCGUGUGUGGGAAGAGGAAAACGAAAGGGGAAAUAGUGUGUUUCUAAACGUGUGUGCGAGUGAAAUAUGGAAAUUGAAAAUGCAAUUAAUCGCAAAUUAAUGGCAAGCCAUAGAAAGCGCUCAAUGGUUUAAAGUGCAAGAGAAAAGUGUAGUUAUUGUUAUUGUUGUCAACACGGAAGCCAAAAGUCUGGCGAAAAUAAACGUGUAUUUAUUUUCGCUUUUGCAGCAGCAACAAGCCGUUAAGCAGAGUGCUGAAAUAGUCAAUUUACAAUUGGAGCUGCCAAGAAGUCUAUAUAUAAAACAUAAACAAUUUGGUGUUUUCCCUAGUAAAAAUGAAGGCAAAAAUCUGAGAAAAAUAUAUGAAAAGGAAUAAAUCGUUGCGAAUUGCUGAAAAUAAAAAUGAGAAAACAGGCGAAAAAAGAACAACAAUAACUUAAGCUCAAAAGGUGGAAACAAAAACAUAGCGAUUUUGAGGCCCAGUCGAACGUGGAAUUGACUUGACCCACAGAAAAGCACCAAAGGAAAGAAAGAGAGAGAGAUAUACGGCGGUAGAAGGAGAGGGAGCGAUCCACAAUGCGUGUGGUUGGAUGGCUUGGUGGUGGCUUAAUGCUCGCCCUGGCCGUAAUGUUAACGCAGGCACGUUUCAUUGCGAAAAGAGAAACCUCCGGCUUGGAGCAGCCGGUGGCUUCCAAUUUGAAUUCUAGUGACCCUGACAUUGUUGCAACGCUCGGGGAAAGUGUGGGCGACAUGGCAUCGCUUGAAACGAAGGGAGAUCCGGAAGUGGUUGCUCAAAAAAUCUCACUGGAAGUUAAGGAUGGAGAAGUAAAGGCUGAAGCGCAAUCUGAGUCCCUAAAUACAAAAGACAAACCAAAAGUUGAGGCAACCACUGCGGCCUUCGUUCAAAGUGAAUCCAGCAGCACCACCGUAAAAGAUCUGGGAGAAGAAGGGUCAGUCACAGAAUCUCCAAUAAAAGAGGAAUCUCAAAAUGUAACUCCUCCAGUUGCUGCUAAAGAGGAUUCUACAAUUUCAAAUGCAAGUCAGUCAGAUAGAAUCUCAGAAAAUCUGGAAAAAAAGGGAGUUCCUUCAGAUCCUGUAAAAGAAUUAGCUUCCUUGAAAACGAUCUCGAGUACAACCACCGAACAUGUUUUCCCUAGUGAACAGAAAGAUGAGAAAGCAGAGGAUUCUCUUCCAAAAGUUGAAUCACACUAUCAAUCUGAGAUUAAGGAGUUAACAACAGAAGCUAUGACACCAAAAGAAUCCAACACCACCCUUGAAGUUCCAAGCACCACCGAGAGAGUGGUUAAUACCACCACCACCCGUUCUUCCGAACAUGGUCGAUCCAUGCAAUAUUUAACCACAACUGAAGGUUUGUUGCAAUCCCUCCCAGUUGUCACGCCCAUGAAACUGCGACCUCUGCCUAUGACCUCUACUCCUGUCAGCACUACAUCAUCCACUACUCCCUCGACAACCACUUCAUCCACUACUCCCUCGAUGACUACUUUUUAUGCCUCAAAUGAGAACACCAUUGAUGAGUCCACUUCCAAGUCGGAGGUUCGUCAAUUGCCCGAAAAGCGAGCCAAAUUUAUUAGCGAAAAUUCCACCAAUGCUCAACAACUUACGUUGCCAAAUACCGCUGAAGUUUGGAGUCUGGCGGGGAUGAAGGCAGUACCAAAGGCUCCUCUUACCACCACAACUGUCCUUCCCCUUAUUAACCAAACUGACCUGGCAAACGAUAUAGAUUUACCUCACAACAAAACGGAGCAGCACAAGGAGAAGAAUCUCCUGGAUUGGCAACAAAUUGCCAUGAUGCAAUCCGUGCCGGAGAACCGAACCGAAUUUGUGGUGAGAACCACUUUGGAUGCCACCGAGAGUGCAACACAGGCCACCACCGAAGCUUUAGCAGAGGAAAGUCAUCAUAAAAGUAUGAUUCCAACAGGAUUGCAGAAAGAGGAUGUUGCAAUUACAACACCUAUAAAGUCUGAUGAAAGUUUUAUGGAAUGGGAAGUAAGCACAACAACUGCUCGAACAGAACUAUUAGAUGUUCCCUUGGUCAAAAAGAUGGCCGAUGCAGCUAAUGCCAAACUAACAGAAGCGAUAACAGAGGCUCAAACGGAAGAAAAAGAGACAGCAACCGAGGCUGCAACACCAACCAAAUUGCUAGAGCAAUUUGCAACAUUGCCCGUAACAGCGAGGGUGGGUUUAAUAAAAACCGAUCUGUUGAAUGUAACAGAAAUUCUAGCUGCAUCUGAAAAACCUUCAACAACCACAAGCACCACAACAACCACAGAAGAACCCUUAUCGGUUGUACCUGGGUCCAAUAAACAAAUCUUCGAAGCAGCAACAUCAGAAGCCACAAAAGCAGCAACCACUUCAACAGCAGCAACAUCUACAACAACAUUAGCAACACUCACCGUUCCAGAGGAGACAACAGCAGCAACCCCAAAUGCAGAGGCUUCAGCAACAUCUGCAGGUACAACAGCAACAUCAGCUGCAGCACCACCAGCAACAUCAACCGAACGAGUAACGCAUGUGGCAAUCACCCCCAACACAACUGAAAUGGCAAUGAAAGCGGCUGAAAUCAGCAACAUCAGCGACGGCGUCGGCGACGACGAUAAUAACAGUAACGACGUCAUCGUUGCCACAACCAAAAGUCCGGAGAGCGACCCGCCAGCAGCAGCAGCAACGGCAACAGCAACAGCAACCGAGGAGCCAACAGCAACAUCGUUCAGUGUGCGAGUGGCUGGCGAGGUGAGCACUUCGAUUCGGCCAGAAAUCCAACCCGAAAUCAUCGUAACAAGUACUCAGAGUAGUACAAUCGCGAGUACGAGUACAUUGAGUGCGGCAACACCCACGCAAACGGAAAUUGCGCAAAUUAGCAAUGAAGUGAAUUUGGAGACAGUGACAGUGAAGACACGCGACGGCGACAGUUUAAGCAAUAGAAACGAGCUAAGAACAGCUGAGAAAACCGAUAACGCGGUCAAUAACAGUGUGGCCAUAACAGAGCAGGCAUUGCCAACGACAACAACAACAACAACAGCAAUAGAGGCGGCGGGGGAAACCACCCCGACGACAACCACCAGCACCACCACCAGUCUGCUGAGUGACCUAAGUAAACUGAGCAAAGAACACGAAUCCUCACUGGAGACGAACAACAUUGGCGAAGCCCCUCCCGAAACAACAACAUCUGCUGUUGCUGUUGCAACGGAUGAGAGCACAGCGGCAACAGGUGGCCAGGAUUUUGAGAAGGAGUCGUCGCACCACCAUGAGGGGCAACAGGUGGUCGAUGAGCAGGACACAGAGCAGCAGUUAGCCAAGACAACGAUGGCGGUAACAACAACAACAACCAGUACAACAACAACAACAACAGCCAGUACUACAACAACAACCAGUACCACAACAACCACAACAACAGAGGCACCACCCUCGACCACAACAACAAUGCAGCCGGUGGAUAUCAGUCUGUUGGACGACAGCACCACAUCGAGCACCACGAGAACCACAACAGUUGCACCGCCACCCACGGAGGAGUACAUUGAAUCCUCAACGGUGGCCAGCAGCAGCACCACCAUCAGCAACAACAACAUCAUGCUGCCGGAGAGCACAACCACUCUUGGUAGCAGCACCACCCAAUCCCCCGAAAUGCCACCCACCUUCAUGGCUCCCUAUCCCAACGAACUGGAUCACAUGCAGGCCAAUGCCCAGGGAAACGGCACGGAUGUGAAUGUGAUCAUCGCCAUCACGGUCAGUGUGAUCGGAGUGGUGGCCCUCAUCCUCCUGGUGGCGUUCCUCUAUCUGAUGCGCAAGCGCCAGAAGCAGAUGUCCUACGGCCAAAGGUGUCGCCCGGUGAGCCUGGAUGCCUACUCCCUGGACAAUGUUUCGGUGCUCGGAAGUGUGCGGAGGAAGGGUCGCGAUGUGAGGGCAUCCAAGCGGACCUACGGCAACGCCGCCUUCGAUGAUCCCUCGCUGCGGCAUAACCUCUUGACCGCCAGUGAGUUAGCCCGCUUCGUGGAGCGGCGUUCCGACGUCUUCGAGGAGUUCCGGGACGUACCGCAAAUCAUCGCCAGAGCGGACGAGGUGCCGCCAGGAUGCGAGGACAAGAAUCGCUACGCCAACGUGAUUCCGCUUCCUGAGACGCGGGUGGUGCUCCAGCGGCAAGGCGACGAUGACAAAACGGAAUACAUUAAUGCCAAUUAUGUGCGGGGCCCCCGAGAUGCUCCCAAUUACUAUAUAGCCUGCCAGGCGCCGCUGGAGAGCACGACCGCAGAUUUCUGGAGGAUGAUCUGGGAGCAGCAGUCGCGGGUGAUCAUCCAGGCGACGGAUCUCAGCGAGAACGGGAUCGAGCGGUGCGCCGAGUACUUGCCGCCCUCGGCGACGCUGGACAACCACAGCAGCUAUGGCGACUACCAGGUGACCCUGAAGCACCGGGAGGUGAAGGACAAGUACGCUAUUUCCACGCUGGUCCUGAAGCGAGUGGAUGGCGAGGAGAGCCGCGAGCUCACCCACUACUGGUACAAGUGGCCAGAGGCCGGAGUUCCGGCCGAGGAGGCACCCAUCAUUGCCAUGCUGCUGGAGGCGCGCUCCUCCCUUAAGUCCUACUGCCUGGAACAGGCCAACGAGCUGCGCGAGAAAUCCGCGACGCUGGAGACAUCGAUGGAUGCGGAUGGCACCAAGGGCGAGGCGGGCAGCACGUCCAGCAACGAGAUCAAUGGAAACAUUUCCAGUCGGAGCGGCACUCGAAACCAGCAGGGACCGCUAACCGUUCACUGUUCUCCAGGCACGGGACGCACAGGCACCAUUAUCGCCUCGGACAUGGCCAUCCGGAGCUUGGAGACCCCGAAGCGGUCCUUAGACAUCCCACAGCUGGUCUACUAUGUGCGGCGGGGACGAGCCAGUGCCGUUCAGACCAAGGAGCAGUAUGAAUUUAUCUACAAGGUGGCCAGUAUGUACGCGGCCAAGAUCACAAAUCUGUCCAACGACAACUGAAAGCCUAUCCUUUCCGGAUGGCGCCCAUCGAGUGGAAACCGAAUUUCCGAUUGAGGUUCACCUUUCCAGCACUGAUCCGUGGGACCCUCAGUAACAAUAAUAGCUAUGUUUUAUACGAUAUAAAUAUUAGUGUAGCUUAGUAUUAUGCUUAAAUGUUGGCACCUGAUUGAACGUCGUUAUUUAUCGGGCUUUAAUAUCAUUUAAAAUGUAUGUAUUCCUUUAUUAUUGUGAUAUUAUCGUACAUUCAUAUAUCUCCUGAUAAUCUGUUGCAUAUUUAUAAAGUCAAUUUUUGUUUUUGCACUGUCGCGUUUGAGUUUCGUAACGAAUGAGUUAUUUUUGGAGCUCUCCGUAUUUUAAGAAAGUCAAAAAUGUAAUCAAGCUAUGUAUGUAUCAAUUUUAAACGAGCUUUAAUGUACGUAAGAUAUUUGUAAGUAUACACCAAGCUGUACUGUACUCAUAUUAUUGUGAAUUACAAGAAAAAUCAUGUCCAGCAA